UCUGUGUUGAUAUUUGACGUCUAGGUAUUGCUGGAAAAAAGUAUUUUGGAAAAAAAAAUUGCCAUGUAAAGUGUCUCGUCCAAGAUUUUUUUUUCUGUAGAAUUACAUAUUAUACUGUCGUGUAUACGUUAAACCUGCAAUAAUCUCUAAAUACGUUGUUGUGUUAAGUGCACCAUCACCCUAAAUAAUAUAGCAUAUGUUUUCAUAAAGUUUUUUUAUCAUCGAAAACGUCACUUUUCUACAUGUCGAAAGGUUAGAUUAUCGAACGCAGCCCAUCCACUUCACACUUCUUUUUUAUUGAUUUUGACAUAUCCCGUGACAUAACCUAGAAAAUGUGACGUUUUGGAAUCUCAAUAUUUUAUUUGGCUUUGUGUGCAAGAAAACUGUAUUUUAGCGUUUGAAAAAUAUGUCUCAAAACGAUGCUACUGGCAUCGCAAGAAAUGAAGAAGUUGUGGAUGAAAUAACUAGUGAUUUAAACGCACAAUGCAGUAUAUCACAAGAAAACGAUAAGUCUGGAGCCACAGCUGAAGAUAUUGCUAAAGCCGAAAGGGACAGUCAAAUACCAGAAGAUUUCGAAGAUUGUAUUACAGAAACAAACAAGGAAGACGAAGACGAUUAUGUAAAUGAACAGGCUCUGGAAGACCUCCAAGCAACCCUUAGUGAUGAUGAUAAAAAAUUGAAACAUCAAGAGGCUUUACAGUUGAAAGCACAAGGAAAUGAAGAGUUCAGGGAUGAAAAAUAUGUGGAGUCUAUUAGCACAUAUACUAAGGCACUUAGGAUAUGUCCUUUAAAAUAUUCUAAUGAUAGUAUGUUUUGCAGGUCAAUAUUAUAUGCGAAUAGAGCGGCAUCAAAAAAUAUGAUAAAUAGAAAGAAGAGUGCCAUAGACGAUUGUAGCAAAGCAAUAGAACUGAAUAAGCAUUAUGUUAAAGUUUAUCUAAGAAGGGCAAAACUUUAUGAAGAUACUGAAAAAUUAGAUGAAAGCCUUGAAGAUUAUAAGAAAAUUUUAGAAAUGGAUCCUGCAAAUAAAGAAGCUAGGGAAGCACAGAUUAGGCUACCACCUAAGAUUGCUGAAAGAAAUGAAAAAAUGAAGAAUGAAAUGCUUGGCAAAUUGAAAGAUUUAGGAAAUAUGUUCUUAAAACCAUUUGGGCUAUCCACACAGAACUUUGAGAUGAAUCAAGACCCGAACAGUGGAGGAUAUUCAAUAAACUUUAAGCAAAAUCCAAAUGAACCAUCUCUAUGAACUAUUUAUUUAUAAUAAAAAUAUUAUGUAAGGUAUAUGUUUAAAAUUAUAUGACUUAUGAUGAAAACUGAAUAAGAUUUUUAUUAAGCUAUGACUUUCUUCAACCACCAUUACUAUUAUUAUGAGAGGCAAUAUUUUGUCUAUUUUCAUAACUAACACUUUUCCUAUAUCAUGGCUAUACUGCUGUGUGGAUGUUAUUUUUGGGGCUGGGUAGCCAGGUCUGUUACAAUCACAUCAAAUCCCAACAUGUAAAUGUUCUUUAUGUAUACAGGGUGUGAUUUUCAUAGUUUUCUACAGUUCCGUGUCAGAGCUUCUUUUUGAGGUUAUGUUACAAAUAUAUAUUUG